ACACAGGGCCCAUAGGCUCAGCGCUCGCCUCAGGCAGCCGUCCGGGCCAGGCCCAGGCGCACGACGGGAGUCAAAACUGUUUCUUUCCGUAAACCCUUUGCUUGCCUCCCCAGACCCCAGUUCCCCCCACCGUCGCCGCUCUCUUCCGACGUGCCGGAUGCUAUCACGAUGGGUCGCAGCCGCCGGGCGUCAGCAAGGGCUGCUGGCCAGGCUGCGCGCGCGCGCUUAUUCCUACGGGAGGGUGUUCGACGCGGCAUCCCGGGACGGCGAGCUUCGGCUGUUCGUUGUCGCCGGUGAGGUCUCCGGCGACUCGCUCGCUUCGCGCCUCAUGGCGUCCAUCAGGGAGCUCUCCCCAGUACCCGUCCGUUUCGCUGGCGUUGGCGGGGAACUAAUGUGCAAGGAAGGCUUGCAAUCACUUUUUCCCAUGGAAGAAAUUGCGAUAAUGGGUUUGUGGGAACUGCUGCCACAUAUAUAUAAUGUCAAGAGGAAGAUUGAGAAUACUGUAGAUGCCGCUAUGUUAUUUCAGCCUCAUGCUGUAGUUACCAUUGAUUCAAAGGGUUUCUCAUUUUGCCUUCUGCAGCAGUUAAAAUGUAGAUACAAUCAAAAGGUUGAUAGCCCUCUACAUGUCCAUUAUGUCGCACCAUCAUUCUGGGCCUGGAAAGGUGGUGAAAGCAGGCUCUCAAAGUUGCAUAAUUUUGUGGACCAUAUGUUGUGUAUCCUUCCAUUUGAGCAUGAAAUUUGCAGAUUAAAUGGGCUGCCUGCUACAUAUGUGGGUCAUCCCUUAUUGGACGAUGCUGCUGUCUUAAAAGUGGAUCCAGAACUAUCUUCUGACAAGUCCAUGCAUCAAGAAAGUGGUGAAGCUUUUCGACUGGAGCACAAACUAUCCCCUGAUGCCACAAUCUUAACAAUGCUUCCUGGAAGCAGGAUGCAGGAAGUAGCUCGUAUGCUUCCAAUCUUCUUGCGAACUGUGCAGCAUCUAAGUCAUACACUAAAUGAACUGUCACUAGUCAUCCCAGUUGCUCCACAUCGGGAUGUAAGGAACUACGUUGAAAAUGUAGUUCGAUCGGUGCCAUUUCCAGUGGUACUGAUACCUGGGGGGUCGCUAGAAAAGAGAUAUGGUGCUUUCAAUGCUAGUAAAGCGGCAUUAUGUACUUCGGGAACAGCCGUCAUGGAACUAAUGCUGGCGAAGCUACCAUGUGUAGUGGCCUACCAAGCCCAUUUCAUCACUGAGUGCUUUAUCCACCUGAGGAAAAAGAUAAACUUCAUUUCUCUGCCGAAUAUUCUUUUGAACUCUCCCAUUGUACCUGAGAUCCUUUUUCGAGCUUGUACAGAUAAAAAUCUAGCAGCAGAACUAAGUGAGGUUAUUUUUAACGAUGAAGUCCGCCAGCGGCAAGUUGGAUCAGCUGACCGGAUGCUCCAGGUUCUCUACGAACCGAUCAAGCAACGAGGUGGUUCCUUUGUGGACGAGGUGCGCAGCUUGUCAUCAAGUGUCCACUCCCCCAGCACGAUUGCAGCGUUAACAGUGCUUUAUACGGACAAAAGUUGACGGAUGGUGCACCAAAAUUGAGUGGACUUUCUCAAUGGCGGAUAAAUGUUUCAUCUGCCAAGUUGGCCGCUGUUGCCUUCAUUUUCUGCAUCUACUACAUCGGUUGUCUGCAUCUAAAAAUAGUUUUUUUGACGGAUUGUAUUGGCUGCAAGUGAUGAUUGAUCCACAACUAGAGGAACAGAGCAAAUGUUUAGGCAAAGCUUUCAGUGCUGAGCUGCUGCAGGUUGUCAGCAUCGCACUAUCGUUGUAGAAGCCGGAAACACAUGUGUCCUGGUGGAUUAAGUGCAUGUCUUAGUCAUCCGGUGUGAUGUUUAGCAGAGACUCUUCCAUGGGCAGAAUUCCAUGGAGGGCACAGGGAGGGAGCUGGGGAACAGUAACACAUGUAAUCUGCAUUACUUCACUUCUGCAACGUAAAAUGUGGCCAUCUGGUGAUUUUGUCAUGUUUGUCCCGAAGUGGAUCAAAUGACCGAAUACAAAGUGACAUGAGGUAACCUUGGGCUCGUACUUCUGUCCAUAGAGGAUCCUGGCCAGUGACGGAAGCAUGGAUGCCUUGUGAUCAUGUCACGGCUGAGCUCAUCUGUGCUGUGGGCCCGACGGCGAAUCUUCAAUGAAAAUGUUUCGAAAUGUGUAGCUCUGCACCUUUUUGAUGUACAAGUUCUCUUUCGAGAAGGGAUAGAUGCUUGAAAUCAUUUUGUUUAA